UACUGAUGUGGAAGUUAUGAUGAAUAUCAGUUGUCCUCAUUAAACAGGACAGCCUCUGUUAGGCUACAAUUUCAAACCUCUGGCUGAUGUGGCAUGAUGAAGUCAACAGGCAGUCCAGCAAUUUCAACCUGUACAGGGCAAACAACAGAGUGGUGAGGCAGAUCACACUGGUAGGCGAUAAUACAUAUGAUAUCCUGCUUGAUUUCGGGAUAAAGGAUACAGUCUGUCUGAAAUAUCACAGGAGAACAUACACGGAUGGAUGCAUUUUCAAACAGAGGCCUUUCACAUCUAUGGAACUGUGCUCCAGCCUUGUGCGUGUUGGCAGUGGGCUUGCAGCUCCUCUGGGCAUCAGCUGUGUUGCUGCUACAGAUGCACUGGGGUCCAGCUCAGAGUCCAGCAGUGAGGAAAGCAUUGUCCGGGGACAAAACAGGCCAAACGGGGCUCUUUCUCUUUAGGACUUAUUCUAUGUCAAGGAGCUUUAGACUG